UAAUAAAGAAGUGCUACAAAUAAUAGAACCAAAUGUAACCAAUCCAUACAAAACCAAAAAAAUAUGGAACAUUCAAAUUUCACAAAAUUUCUCUAUUUCUUCACAUUUUUUCUUACAAUUUUAUUUAUAAUCAGCUCAGUAAAUAGCCAAUCACUAUGCAAUGAUACAAUAGCUACUUGUAAUGAAGAUUUGGAGAUUUUAAUGGAAUCUGAAAUUAGCAAAAGAUUUCUUGAAGAAAGAAAAAAAUAUAUUUCUCCUGGCGCUUUGAAAAGAGAUCAACCGGUUUGCAACGGUGGCGGAGGCGGUGAACCGUAUUCACGGAGCUGCCUUCCGCCGCCGUCGAAUCCGUAUAAUAGAGGUUGUUCUAAAUACUAUCGUUGUAGAGGUGAUCAAUGAUAUGCGAGAAAAAAAAAAGUGACUUAUGAAUUUUAUGUGUUUUGUUUUUGUUGUUUACUUGCGAUGUUUGUAUUGUUGUUGUGAUUUGUUAAUGAAUUUUGGUUUUUGGUGGUGA